AUGUCCACCCCACGACCCACCACUCCCCGGGUCAACGGAUCCGCGGGAAGCGCGUCCCCCGCCCCGCCAGCCUCCCCGACCAAGGGAUGCGCCUUCGUUGAGCGUGCCCCACCCAAACUUCCCGUCGUCACCCUCGGUGUGUGCGCGAUGGAUGUCAAGGCGCGGUCCAAGGCUAUGCGCGAGAUUCUCACUCGUCUCGUCGAGAUGGAGAACGGCGGUGUGGAGGUCAACAUCUUUGGCGACGUUGUGAUCCUCGAAGAAGACAUCCAACACUGGCCUCAGGCAGAUGUCCUCAUCUCGUUCUUCUCCACCGACUUCCCCCUGCCCAAGGCGCUGGCGUACACUCAAAUCCCCAACCGCCUGCCACCGAUCUCUAUCAACUCGCUGGCUAUGCAGAGCCUGCUCUGGGACCGUCGACUGGUACUCGCCAUUCUGGACCACGUCGGCGUCACCACUCCCAAGCGUGCGGAGGUGAACCGUGACGGCGGUCCUCGCGUGCCCCGCUCCCUUCGCCUGCGGGUACGCAACGACCUUGGUCUCGUCCUCCCGGGCCCCAAUGCCAAGGAUGAGGAUACUUGGGGUGAUGUUGUGACUCCCGACCGCUGGAAGGGCAAGUGCACCAAGGACCCGGUGCCGCGCGGACGCGAUGUCAUUCUCCGUGCCGACGGCGAUGCAAUUAUCGUUGACGGCAAGGUCAUUGAGAAGCCCUUCGUCGAGAAACCGGUCAACGGCGAGGACCACAAUGUCUACAUCUACUACCGUGGCGGUGGUGGUCGCCGUCUCUUCCGCAAGGUUGGCAACAAGUCGAGCGAGUACGACCCCAACCUUUACCACCCGCGCACUGUUGGCUCGUUCAUCUACGAGGAGUUUAUCAACGUCGACAAUGCCGAGGACGUCAAGGUGUACACCGUUGGCCCUGCCUUUUCGCAUGCCGAGACCCGCAAGUCGCCCGUCGUGGACGGCUUGGUGCAGCGCAACGCCGAUGGCAAGGAGACUCGCUUUAUUACUAAGCUUUCGGAACACGAGGAGGAGUACGCACGCGACAUUGUCGAGGCCUUUGGCCAGCGCGUCUGCGGCUUUGACCUUCUUCGUUGCGAGGGCGGACAGCGCAGCAUGGUCAUUGACGUCAAUGGCUGGUCGUUUGUCAAGGGCAACCAGGCGUACUAUGACCGUUCUGCCGAAAUCCUCUCGGCCGUCUGCAACCAGGCUCGCGAGCGUAAGAUUGCUGCUGCUGCUGCCAAAGCGAGCGUACCGCGGUCAAUCGCCAUGCCGCCUCCGUCGACUACCACGUCGACUUCGACGCUUCGCGCAACCGUCACGGUGCUCCGCCACGCUGACCGCACGCCCAAGAUGAAGCUCAAGUUCUCCUUCCCUGCUCACGAGCAAUGGACCAAGCCGUUCCUUGCGCUUCUCCGUGGUCACCGCGAGGAGAUCAUCCUCCGCGACCCCCGCCAGCUCAACUACAUCCUGCUUGCUGCUGAGGAGGCCGAGAAGUUGCCUGGUGUCACUCCCGAGAACAUUACCAAGCUUGGCCAGCUCCGUGAGGUGCUUGUCAAGAAGAUGUCUCUGCCCGGCACCAAGGCUCAGCUCAAGCCUAGCUUUGUCAAGAAGAAGAGCGAGGAGGGCGAGGACAAGGACAAGAAGAAGGACAAGAAGGACAAGAAGAACAAGGGUGGUUCAGAUGACGAGGGCGAGCUUACCGAGACCGAGAGCCGCAAGCGUGUCGACGACUGGCUGCAGCGUGGAAGUGUAGGCAAUGCCCCGGCGGGCGAGCCUGCACACAUCCGUUCACCUGAACUCUCGGCCGUCAUCGGCAACUCGGACAACUGCGCCAUUCCCGAGGGUCUUGAGAAGAUGCAGCUGGUUGUCAAGUGGGGUGGCGAGAGCACCCACUCGGCCCGUUACCAGUCACGCGACUUGGGUGACGCGUUUAAGAAGGAUGUGCUUAACAACGUCAAGAUCUACACUUCAUCUGAACGCCGUGUCAUCAACACCGCCCAGAUCUUCGCGCACGCUCUGCUCGGUGUUGAAGGUUCCCAGUCGCAGUCACAGUCGCAAUCGUCUACGCCCGCUCCUUCACGCGCUGCGGCAAGCACCGCCCCCAAUGACCCUUCGUGCCCCGUCAUCUCGCAUCUUAUCCAGCGUCGCGACUUGCUCGAUGACAACAAUGCUGGCAAGGAGAUGAUGACCGAGGCCAAGAAGAAGCUCAAGAUCCUGCUCCGUUCAGGCGAGACUGAGCGCCGUGCGGACCUGGCCUGGCCUAAGAGCUUCAAGAAGGAGCCUGUCGAGGUGGUCAAGGAGGUCAUUGAGCAGCUCACCGAGCUCCGGGCUAUUAUGCGUGCCAACUAUGAGAACGGCAAUGUCGACAAGAUCCCCCAGCAGAGGUGGUGCUCUGGCGACUCCCCCUGGCUCUUCCGCGAGCGUUGGGAGAAGAUCUUCGAGGACUGGGUUGGCGUCAAGCAGGAGAAGUUUGACCCUUCGCGUGUCAGCGAACUGUAUGACAGCAUCAAGUACGACUCGCUGCACAACCGCAACUUCCUGUUCGCCGUGUUCGAUCCCGCGGGCAAGGGUCUGUCGUCGCGCAGCGGUGCCGAACACCAAGACCGCCGCCUGCACGAGCUCGUUGGUCGUGCGAAGGCUCUCUUUGACCUUGUGGCACCGCAAGAAUACGGUUUCGACGCCGAGGGCAAGGAGGAGAUUGGUGUUCUCACAUCACUUCCUCUCCUCCGCAAGGUCUGGGGUGACCUCGAGGAGGCCAAGUCGACUGGCAAGAGCCUGGCGUGCUUCUACUUUACCAAGGAGUCGCACAUUACCACCUUUGUUCACCUUUUGCUCGCGUCCGGGCUGCCCUUCACCAACCUGCGCAUUCCCGAGCUCGACUACUGCUCGCACGUUACCAUUGAGCUGUGGGAGAAGACGUCUGCGAAAGACGCCAAGCAGAGCAAGGACUUUUCUAUUCGACUCUCCAUCAGCGAGGGUGCACACAGUCCGGCGGUGCUUGACAGCAAUGUCGAUGCGCGCCACUCCCUUACUGUGCAACCUCGCAAGAAGCUCACCUCGCAUGUCGAGUGGGCUGUCGCUGAACGGUGCCUGUCCAAGCACUUUGACAAGGGCCUGACCUUUUCGACUACCCCGCUCGAGGUACGUAUCAUGCUGAGUUUAUGUGCUCUCCCAGACACGGGACGAGGCGACGAAGUGUACCUGAAAAAGGCCAUUCAUGACGAAGCCGUGCUUCCCCUGUCGCUCACGCGUGCAGGCGACGAUACCCCUCGCGUCAUGAGCAGUGCCAGUAGCUAUCGGAGCACCGCCAGUGAUGCGGGAUGGUAG